AUGCCGCCAAAGCGCAAGCGCACCGGUACAUCGUCCGAGUUGCGAACAUGUGCAAUCUGCGGCCAGGACAUUCAUGCGCGAGGAAUGGCGGCCCAUCGCAAGAAAUGCGAGAAGGAUCGCGCAAACGCGCUGCAUGACAUGGCUGAAAAGCAAUUACAAAGAGCUGCUCAAGUUGAGCUGGAGGAAUUCCGGCUGAUACAAGCAAUAGGCCCCGCUGGUCCAGCCGACACGCCCGACCACAAUGCACCGGCACAAUUCAUGGACGAACAUGAAGGCUACCGUGGAUUCAGCCCAAUCAUGCUUGGACAUGGCGACCGUGAUGGUGUUCAGAUCAACGAUGACCCUUCUGUACCAUUUGCGAAGGAUGAUAUCAAGACGGAAUAUCAUCCUCAUAGCAGAAAGGUUCCCACUGUCCAAUCAUUCAAUACCUACCAGCGCCGUCCUACCUCCCCUCCGGUUGAAGCAUCAGCACAUAAUAAUUCCCUACCGCCAUGGAGCCCCUUUCGCAGCCGCUUGGAUUUUGAGGUAGCAUCACUGGCUCUUGACGCUGCAUUGAAGAAGGAGCACGUUGAGGCCCUUAUCUCACUUCUCAAACGUUGUGGUCGUGAUCCUCAGCAGUUCACCAUUCAAAAUGCAGCAGACAUAGAUGACACAUGGACAUUGGCUACUCACAAGGCACCUGAGUUCAUUCGGGAUGACAUUGAAGUCGAGUACGAUGGAGAAAUGAUGACAUUCGAAAUGUGGUACCGACCCCUCUGGGACUGGGCAUUGAGCCUGGUUCAGGAUUCUUCGCUCGUUCCAUACUUUGAGUGGAAUAGCCAACGGCUGUACAAAUUCAAUGGAACUAACUUUGUACGCUUUGUUGAUGAACCACUCACUGGAGAACAACUUUGGAACAUGGAGUCGGACAUUCCAGAAGACGGGACUCCAUUUUUCUUUAUUUUAUAUGCCGACAAGUCAAAGCUUUCGAGUUUUGGAACCGCAAAAGCAUAUCCUGUAAUUGCACGGUGCGCUAACUUGUGCACUUCUAUCCGGAAUGGACGUGGGAUUGGUGGUGGAACAGUGGUGGGCUGGCUCCCUGUGAUUAAGGAAGACUCGGAGGACUCAGGAAAGCGGAAAUUCAUUAUUCACAAAUCUAUGGUGUGGCACCAAGGUAUUGGAAAGAUACUAAAAUCUGUUCAAGAUGCUUCGUAUUAUGGAUACUGGGUCACUUGUGGGGAUUCAGUCAAACGGAGGUUGUUCCCCAUUGAUGCAUUUCAUAGUCAUGACUAUGAAGAAGCAUGUAUUAUGACAGGAACCCGCGGUGUUCGGAGUCUAUUUCCCUGCCCUGUGUGCCUCGUUCCUCGAGACAUGCAAAUGGAACAUGGGACGACAUAUCCUUUACGUACGACAAAGUCAAUGAAGGCAGUGUAUGACUUGGCAAUGGCUCAGUUAACCAAGAAGGAUCAGGAGGCAAUACUGAAGGAAGUCAGUUUACGGGAGAUCGAGAAUGCUUUUUGGGCAGCCAAUCUGUCUGAUCCAUACAAGGGAGCAUCAUUUGAUCCCCUCCAUACUUUCGAUAAUGGUCUCUUUGAAGAUCACUUGUUUGCUCAAGCUAUAGAACGCAUUCAGGCACUUGGUACUCAAGCAGUGGGCAAGUUUGAUACACAAUUUGACUUGAUCCCACGAUGGCGUAAUCUCCAUCAUUUUGAGAGUGUAAGCAAUAUUGCUUUCAAUGAUGGUUCCAAAAACCUUGAUAUUAGCAAACUCAUACUUUUUGCAUCCUACAACAUUCUCACCAAGAAUGUUGAUGCAACAGGUUAUCUUUUGCUCCGUUGCCUUCGUGCCUAUAUCAAUAUGCGCAUGUAUGCAGGCAUGCAAGUGCAUACUGACGACACAAUCACUGCUGGUAGAGAGGCGGUUGAGGUAUUCUCAGUGUUAAUAAAGGCAAGUUUUUACGCAAACGAGUCAAAUAAAGAAGCAGAAUUGCCGAAGAACUGGAACUUCCCGAAGAAUCACCUCUAUGUCCAUCUUUUUGAUGACAUUGUUGCGAAAGGGGUUACCCGGAAUUACAACACAAAGCCAAGCGAGCAAAUGCACCGUAGCAUUCGGAAAACAUAUUUCACAACAAACUUUAAGGAUAUUGCACCACAAAUCCUUGGGAAGAUACAUUCCAUGUUGGUGGCAGAAUAUAUUUGGCAAGACAUCGGAAAAUAUGAUGAAGAGCUUGAAGCAGCUACCGCAGAUUUGGCAGAUGGAAAUGCUACUCCUGGAAACAAUCAAGAAUCAGGAGUUCAGGCAAGCCACCACACUACACAUUUAUCACUCACUGUGGCACAGCCUCCACUCUCAUUCAAGGAGCUUGAAGUAAAUCACAUCAAUGAUUCGGGACCCAAAUUCUUCCACAAUUUCCACAUUCGCCUUGCCAAUUUUCUUUCCCAAGUGCUUCCUGUUGAACAUCUUCCAAAUGCCAGAUACCUAAGGUUGAGCCCAAAUGACAAGAUUGUGGAGUUCCGCUAUGUCAAAGUCAACUACGAAUCAUGUGUCACCUGGACAAUGGUCACUGAUCACUUGUGGUGCAAUCCAAAUUUCCAUGGCCACCCUCGAUAUGACCAUGUCAUUGUCAAAACAGAAGAGCCACUUGGCGUUUUCACACCAUUCCUCAUCGGCAAACUCCUUUUUAUGUUUCAUUGCUCCAUUCAAGAUAAGGUCUACUACCUUGCCCUUAUCGAUCCACUUGAUGCCCUUAUUGGGCCACGCCGUAUCACCGACAUCGAGCUUGGUCUUAUUCGACUUCGCACCAAACCACACCGAACCGGUGAAUUUAUAUUUGUGGACUCAAUUAUACGUGGAGCUUUGGUUGUUGAGGCAUUUGAUACUCCUGGGGACUACUUGCUGGUUGACACAUUAGAUGAUGAUAUGUUCCUCCGGUACAAACAAGCAGGGCUUUGA